CUCUAAGCUCACUUCCACUACCAACCUCUUUACUACGAACCAUUUCUAUAGGGACUCGAACGUGGAGGGUGGGAUACGGGAGCGUUAAUGUGCUUCUCUGUCUUUCUACAGGGUCGGCGUGGCGAAGGACAGCUAGUGUCAGAGGAAAAGUAGACACCAGUUCAACUCGGCUCGCCCCCACUAUUACUUCGGGAGAAGAUGCACUGAAUACUUGGAUCUAUGAGACGAUUGAAUAUAUUUUCUCAUGAAGAGUCUUUGCUCAGUUGAACUUGGUUCUACCAUGCCCAGGGGGAGUGGCCACAACAGAUCCUAUCUGGCAGUGAGUGGCUGUCAUGAUCUCUACAGCACCGCUCUACAGCGGCGUGCACAACUGGACCAGUUCUGACCGGAUUCGCAUGUGUGGCAUCAACGAGGAGAGAAGAGCACCUCUUUCUGAUGAGGAGUCCACGACAGGUGACUGCCAGCACUUUGGAUCUCAGGAGUUUUGUGUCAGCAGCAGUUUUUCCAAGGUGGAGCUCACAGCAGUUGGAAGUGGCAGCAAUGCCCGGGGGGCAAACCCAGAUGGCAGUACAACAGAAAAACUUGGGCACAGGUCAGAAGAUCAGCCUGAUGAUCCCCAGCCAAAAAUGGACUAUGCUGGGAAUGCAGGAGAGGCUGAGGGCCUCCUGGUGCCACUGAACAGCCCAGGAGACGGGCUUAAGCUGCCCACUCCUGAUAGUACUGAGGCCAGCCAUAGCAGGGCCAAUUGCUCUUGGACUCCCCUAAGCACCCAAAUGAGCAAACAGGUUGACUGCUCGCCAGCCGGGGUAAAGGCUUUGGACUCUCGGCACAGUGUUGGGGAGAAGAACACUUUCAUUUUGGCAACUCUGGGAACUGGAGUCCCUGUGGAGGGAACCCUGCCUCUAGUUACCACUAACUUCAGUCAGCUGCCGGCACCUGUCUGCCCUCCUGCCCCUGGGUCGACCUCUGUGACCCCGUCGGUUCCCGAUCCAUUCCAGGUUCCCCUUUCUGUCCCGGCCCCAGUGCCCCACUCAGGACUAGUUCCAGUCCAAGUUGCCACAUCAGCUUCAGCUCCUUCGCCUCCCCUAGCACCAGUGCCCGCUCUAGCUCCAGCACCGCCCUCGGUGCCUGCUCUCAUCUCUGAUUCCAACCCUCUCUCGGUGUCAGCCUCUGUCUUGGUGCCUGUACCAGCGUCUGCUCCCCACUCGGUCCCAGUGCCACUGUCGGCUCCUGCUCCUACUCCUCUCACAGUCUCUGUUUCUGCACCUCCCUUGGCCCUGAUCCAGGCUCCUGUGCCUCCUUCAGCUCCCACUUUGGUCCUUGCUUCUGUCCCAACUCCGGUCCUAGCUCCCAUGCCAGCGUCCACGCCUCCAGCAGCUCCUGCCCCUCCAUCUGUGCCGAUGCCCACUCCAACCCCAUCCUCUGGCCCGCCGUCUACCCCCACCCUUAUCCCUGCUUUUGCUCCUGCACCGGUGCCUGCACCCACCCCGGCCCCAAUCUUUACUCCAGCCCCCACGCCCAUGCCGGCUGCCACACCAGCUGCCAUCCCCACCUCAGCACCCAUUCCAGCCUCCUUCAGUUUGAGUCGAGUGUGCUUUCCUGCAGCUCAGGCACCAGCUAUGCAAAAAGUCCCCCUGUCUUUUCAGCCAGGGACAGUGCUGACCCCUAACCAGCCGCUGGUAUACAUCCCACCUCCGAGUUGUGGGCAGCCACUCAGUGUGGCUACACUGCCAACCACUCUGGGAGUCUCUUCCACACUCACGCUCCCAGUCCUGCCAUCUUACCUACAGGAUAGGUGUCUCCCAGGUGUGUUGGCCUCCCCAGAGCUCCGCUCUUACCCAUAUGCAUUUUCCGUGGCCCGGCCUUUGGCUUCAGAUUCGAAGUUGGUCUCUUUAGAGGUGAACAGGCUCUCUUGUACUUCCCCAUCCAGCAGCACUAACACCCAGCCUCCUCCUGAUGGGAUCCCUGGACCUUUGGCAGAUACUUCCCUCACCACUGCUUCUGCCAAGGUGCUUCCAACUUCACAGCCUUUGCUGCCAGCCCCCAGUGGGAGCUCAGUCCCACCACACCCCUCCAAGAUGCCAGGUAGCACCGAGCAGCAAACAGAAGGGACUUCCGUUACCUUCUCUCCUCUCAAGUCACCUCCCCAGCUCGAGAGAGAGAUGGCCUCUCCACCCGAGUGCAGCGAGAUGCCUCUUGACCUCUCUUCCAAGUCCAACCGCCAGAAGCUUCCAUUGCCGAACCAGCGUAAAACACCUCCCAUGCCUGUGUUGACCCCUGUGCACACGAGCAGCAAGGCCCUCCUGUCCACAGUCCUGUCUAGGUCUCAGCGCACAACUCAGGCUGCCGGCAGCAACGUCACUUCCUGCCUGGGCUCCACUUCUUCGCCUUUCGUUAUCUUCCCUGAGAUGGUGAGGAAUGGAGACCCAAGCACCUGGGUAAAAAACUCCACCGCUCUGAUCAGCACCAUCCCUGGCACAUAUGUGGGAGUGGCCAACCCAGUGCCUGCAUCCCUGCUGUUGAACAAGGACCCUAACCUGGGCCUUAACCGAGAUCCUCGCCAUCUCCCCAAGCAGGAGCCUAUCUCCAUCAUUGAUCAAGGAGAGCCUAAGAGCACUGGUGCCACUUGUGGCAAGAAAGGCAGCCAGGCUGGUGCCGAGGGACAGCAAAGCACAGUCAAAUCCCGUUAUACCCCAGCCCGCAUUGCCCCUGGGCUGCCAGGGUGCCAAACCAAGGAACUGUCUUUAUGGAAACCUACAGGGCUGACAAAUAUGUACCCACGGUGUUCCAUCAAUGGGAAAGCCACUAGCACCCAGGUCCUGCCUGUUGGCUGGUCACCAUACCACCAAGCAUCUCUGCUUUCUAUUGGCAUUUCCAGUGCCGGGCAACUAACCCCCAGUCAGGGGGUGCCUAUCAGGCCCACCAGCAUUGUUUCUGAGUUUUCUGGUGUGUCAUCUCUUGGCUCCAAUGAAGCUGUUCAUGGACUUCCUGAGGGGCAGCCACGGCCUGGGGGCCCCUUUGCUCCAGAACAGGAUGCUGUCACAAAGAACAAAACUUGCCGAAUUGCUGCCAAGCCUUAUGAAGAACAAGUCAAUCCUGUCCUCUUGACUCUCAGCCCUCAGACAGGGACCCUGGCGCUGUCUGUUCAGCCUAGCAGUGGGGACAUUGGAGUGAAUCAAGGACCUGAAGAAUCUGAGAGCCACCUCUGCUCUGAUAGUACUCCUAAGAUGGAAGGCCCCCAGGCAGCCUGUGGCCUAAAGCUGGCAGGAGACACAAAGCCUAAAAACCAAGUGCUGGCUGCCUAUAUGUCCCAUGAGCUGGUCUUGGCCACCCCCCAGAACUUGUGCAAGAUGCCUGAGCUGCCUUUGCUACCUCAUGACAGCCACUCUAAGGAACUCAUUUUAGAUGUGGUUCCAAGCAGCAAGAGGGGCCCCAGCACAGACCUUUCGCAGCUUGGAAGUCAGGUGGAUCUGGGGCGGGUGAAAAUGGAAAAAGUGGACGGUGAUGUGGUCUUCAAUUUAUCCAACUGCUUCCGGGCUGAUGGUCUCCCGGCAGUUCCCCAGAAGGGCCUGGCUGAAGCUCGCGCGAAAGCUGGGCAAGCUCGAGUGAAACGGGAAAGCGUUGGGGUCUUUACUUGCAAGAACAGUUGGCAACCAGAUGAAGAGACAGAAUCUCUGCCACCCAAAAAGUUGAAGUGUAACAAAGACAAGGAAAUUGAGGAAGAACCACAGCAGCAGCAACAGCAUCAGCAGCAACAACAGCAACAGCAGCUACAGCAGCUGCAGCAGCCGCUGCAACAGCCACAGCACCAGCAGCAGCAGCAGCAGCAGCCACUGCUGCCGCCGCCUCCGCUGCUGCCACAGCCACAUGAUAAACCUAUGGUCCGGAAUUCCCUGGGAUCCAAGUGCCGGAAGCUGCCUGGAGAACCCCAGGAACCCACCAAGAAAAGCCCUAGAGUGGCUUCAGAUUCAGGAAAAGAGCACAAUGGAGUCAGGGGAAAGCACAAGCUUCGGAAGCCAGCAAAGCCAGAGUCCCAGCCUCCAGGAAAACGAGCUGAUGGCCAUGAGGAAGGUUCCUUGGAAAAGAAAGCGAAGAGCAGUUUCCGUGACUUCAUCCCUGUGGUUCUGAGCACUCGGACACGCAGUCAGUCUGGAAGCAUCUGCAGCUCUUUUGCUGGUAUGGCAGACAGUGACAUGGGAAGCCAGGAGGUCUUCCCUACAGAGGAGGAGGAGGAGGUGGCUCCCACCCCAACUAAGAGGAGAAAGGUGAGAAAGACCCAAAGGGACACCCAGUACCGCAGCCAUCAUGCCCAGGACAAGACCCUGCUGAGCCAAGGCCGCAGACAUCUGUGGCGAGCCCGAGAGAUGCCCUGGAGGACAGAGGCUGCCCGGCAAAUGUGGGACACCAAUGAAGAGGAGGAAGAAGAAGAAGAAGAGGAGGAGGAGGAGGGCCUGGUGAAGAGAAAGAAACGGAGACGACAGAAGAGCCGAAAAUACCAGACUGGGGAGUACUUGACAGAACAAGAAGAAGAGCAGCGGCGGAAAGGGAGAGCAGAUUCAAAGGCCCGUAAGCAGAAGACUUCCUCCCAAAAUUCAGAGCACUGCCUCAGGAACAGGAACCUUCUCCUGUCCAGCAAAGCCCAGGGGAUCUCGGACUCACCAAACGGUUUCCUCCCAAAUAACCUGGAGGAGCCAGCCUGCCUUGAAAAUUCAGAAAAGCCAUCAGGAAAACGAAAGUGCAAGACCAAGCACAUGGCAAACGUCUCAGAAGAGGCAAGGAGCAAAGGUCGUUGGAGCCAGCAGAAGACACGCUCUUCUAAAUCUCCUACUCCAGUGAAGCCCACAGAACCAUGUACACCCUCCAAGUACCGAAGUGCUGGCCCAGAAGAGGCCUCAGAGUCACCCACUGCCCGACAGAUCCCCCCAGAGGCACGGAGACUCAUCGUGAACAAAAACGCUGGUGAGACCCUCCUGCAGCGAGCAGCUCGCCUGGGCUAUAAGGACGUUGUUCUCUACUGCCUCCAGAAGCACAGUGAGGACGUGAAUCACCGUGACAAUGCGGGCUACACAGCCCUGCACGAGGCCUGUUCCCGGGGCUGGACUGAUAUCCUGAACAUCCUGUUGCAACAUGGGGCUAAUGUGAACUGCAGCUCGCAGGACGGCACAAGGCCAGUUCAUGAUGCUGUGGUCAAUGACAACCUGGAGACCAUCUGGCUCUUGCUAUCCUAUGGAGCUGAUCCCACACUGGCUACCUACUCGGGUCAGACAGCCAUGAAGCUGGCCAGCAGUGAUAACAUGAAGCGCUUUCUCAGUGAUCACCUCUCGGAUCUUCAGGGCAGGGCAGAGGGCGAUCCUCGAGCAUCCUGGGAUUUUUACAGCAGUUCUGUGUUGGAGAAAAAGGACGGGUUUGCCUGUGACCUCCUCCAUAAUCCUCCUGGGAGUGCCGAGCAAGGAGACGAUUCAGAACAGGAUGACUUCAUGUUUGAACUCUCAGACAAGCCUCUUCUCCCUUGUUACAACCUCCAAGUGUCAGUGUCCCGUGGACCCUGCAACUGGUUCCUCUUCACCGAUGUCCUGAAGAGGCUGAAGCUUUCCUCAAGAAUCUUUCAGGCCCGGUUCCCGCACCUUGAAAUCACCACCCUGCCCAAGGCCGAGUUCUACCGGCAGGUGGCCUCAAGUCAGCUGCUGACCCCUGCUGAGAGGCCUGGGAGCUUGGAGGACAGAUCUCCCCCAGGUUCUUCUGAGACUGUGGAGCUGGUGCAGUAUGAGCCAGAGCUGCUGCGGCUCCUAGGGUCUGAGGUGGAAUAUCAGUCUUGGAGCAGUUGACGGAAACAGCCCCUCCCCCGUUCUUCUUUCUUCUCCUCCGAGUUCACCCUUCCCCCACCGCCUAUGUCUCCCCCACCAAGCACCAGACUGCAGAAUGAGGCAAUAAUACGGACCAACAAGAAGCCGCCUUAUCAAUGCCAGCAUUAGUGACUGGAUUUUUGUUUCGUUUUGUUUUUUGGGUUACAGUUAGUUCUCAUCUCCCUGUUGUUGUGGUUGGUGAUGGGGGUGGAAAGUUGAACUCCACUUCUGAAGACAAGAGGUCUGGAGAUGGUGGAAGGUGGCACCAGGGUCCCUUGGACUGGCUUCUAUGCUUAUGACCAAGACCAAACAUGGACCUGGGUGGCUGUGGCCUGUCCUAAGGAGAAAUGAGAAGAGCCCAAAUCUCUCGAGUGCCCCUCCCUAUCUCCCUGUUCUCUUCUGUCUUCCAUAGUAUUUAUUUUAUUAGUAUUUAAUUUGUAUUGUUUCAUUGGUUUCUGAUAAGUCUGUAUCACUGUGACGAUUUGAGACAACUUGUUGUAUUGAGGGACUUUCUUUACCUCCUUUCCUUUUUCUUUCUGGAUAAGCUUUGGGGAUGCUCCCUCCCUCUAAGAAAAUUAUUCCCAGGUAGUCUUUCCCCAGUUGGGGAGGGAGCAGGGUGAGGAAGGCUAGGGGGACAUCAUCAUAUGACUAAACAUCCUGGCUGCUGCUGGCCCAGAGCUGGGGGGCUGGGGGCAAAUCCCUGGCCUUUGGUGCUCCCCCACCCCCUGCCAGUUUUGCCCUACCCUGCCCUUUGUAGCAGCUCUGCCAUCUUGAGAUUAGUGUGUACUGAGGAGAGGGUUCCUGAGUUACUCUAAUAAAGGCAGGUUGAGAAUGGGCCCCAGGGGUGAGGGUGCUUCCCUCACACUGCUCUGCUCAGAGUGCACAGGGUGAAGUUAUCCUGGCAUCUUUUGCCCUGUACCCAUCCCCUCCUUGCCUCACCCUACCUACCCUGGGCUCCCUCCCCAUCUUGAGAUACUGAGCCUUUUCACCUCCCAGCCUUUGCCCUGCCAUCCCUACCACAGAAGUCCGGCCCCCUUUCCCCGGCUCUCCGACUCUCCUCCUUUGGAGUCCGCAAAGGGCCCUGGGACUGACUAGGCAAGGGCAGAGGCUAGUCUCUAGUCCGGCUCCACACCCACUUGGGGACUUGGAGCUGAGUGAGUGGCUCAUGGGCCUCAGAAGCCUAAGUGUUAGAUCUGUUAUAGGAGAGUGGGGGGAGGAGGAGCUUGGGUUGUUUCCAUGGCCCCACCCCUCCAUACCAUCGUCUUUCCCACUCUUCUUAUUUUUCUACCGAUUGCUAUUUUUCCGAACAAUCCUUGUAGAGAGUAUGUACCAUCGAAAGGCAGGAGGGCCUUGCUGUGGUUGGCUCUGGAUGGAGAUGGUACAGUUUUAUUGUACAGGUGCUAAACAACAACAAAAGAAGAAAAUGGAAAAAAAAGACAAAAAAGAAAAAAAAAAGCCAGUUUGGGGAUGGGACAAUCUGUUCUCUGGAGGCUCCUGACCCAUUUAGGAGCAUUGUUUCUUUUAACUGUGUGUGAUUUUGUUCCCAUGGGGAUUUUCUGGGCCCCCUUCUGUAGGACAGCUCCACCAUCCUGCCCAAUUGGUUUUGAACAAUUGUUUUCCCUUUUUAACAACAACAAAGUUUUAUAUAUAUAUAUAUAUGUGUGUGUGUGUGUGUGUGUAUAUAUAUAUAUACGUACACACACACACACACAUAUAUAUAUAUAUAAAGUUGAGGGGGUUUGGACUUCAAGUUUCUUUGUUGUGUUGGGAUUUACGAUACUGUGUGGUUUAUUUUGUUUUCUGUUGGCCUUUACUUUGUUUUGCAUUUGGGUGUGUACUCUGGCUGCCCUUUAUGUUUCGUUUUCAGCCACUGGCUGAGGAGUCAAAAACACUUGCAUACUGAAAAACCUGUGUCAGGGCCUUUGUCUCCUGUCUUCACACUCCUCCUCUUGGUGGUUUUUGGGGAGAUACGUGGUCCCUACGGAUACAGUGGGUGAAGGCAAGGCAAGACAGAGCGUUGGGUCAUUAGGUCGGGGUGGGAAUCUGGAAAGGAAGGAUGGGCAUGUCCCAGGGCCCCUGCCCACCUGAGUGUAAAAUGGUCAACUUGGGGUUGCCUUCACCUGAUGAUGUGGGAAGAGCAUUCCUUGUUUGCAACUGGAGUAACAGGAAUAGGGGAGAGGCCCCCUAUGGGUGCUGGGUGGUGGUGCGGUCCUCCCUAAUCCAGUCGGAAAUUAUCUGCCCGCUGAUUCCUCUUCAUGCUGGGACUAUCCACCUGGCUACACUGUAAUUCCCCAGCCUGCCCUUACCCUUGCUAGCCUUCACUGCUGUACCAGUGCCUUACCUGCCCACAUGAGCAGUGCUGGCUCUCCAUGAUUCUAGUUUCCAAUGACCUAGCUAUAAAUGCAAGACACCUGUCCCUGGUUUUACAAUUACUCCCACUUUUCGAUAAACAGAAGUUAAAACUGUCUGCAGGCCCCAGAAUGUGUCUUUGAGUGAGAGAUUUUCUGAAGGUCUGGAUCCUACAAACUUUUAAGCUCUGUGUCUUUGGGGCCUCUCACUGUAGCUUGAGUGGGCAGGCCAUAGGAAUGAUGUGUCUGGCUUCUUGGAGUCCAGUCAUUGUCCAGGAGUAAACUUAAGUGCUCUCCUUACCCACACCUCAGAAACUUGCUUCUGCUUGAGUCUGCCCACAUACAGGAGCACAACACUAAUCUGCCUCACUGCUGUUCCCCUCCCCACUUUCUGAUCACAGGUCAUCCCAAACACCCCAUAGUGUUUCCAAUUUCAGGUCCAUCCUCUAUUUGAAACUUGCAAUAAAAAGGCAAGCAUACAUGGUGGCACAUGCCCAUAAUCCCAGCUUGAGGGAGUGGGGCAUUGAGGCAGAUGGAUUGCUGUGAAUUCUAGGUCAAGCCAGGGAGAUAUGGCAAGACCCUGUCCCAAAACAACAAGCAAGGUGUGGUAAUGCAUGCCUGUAAUCCCACUUCUCUGAAAGACAGAGGCAGGAGGAUUUGAGGUCAGCUUGGGCUACACAGAUGAGACCUUGUCUCAACAAAAAGGAACUUGCAGUUCAGAAGUCAGGCAUGUCAGGAGGUUACAGAAGCCAUGUAUGUUGUGGUUUGACAGUAUUCAGAUAGGCCCAAAAUGCUGUGGGAGCUCAAAGGGCUGGACAAGGGCACCUGGAUGAUUGGAACACAUGGCCUGGGAGAGAUGACGAGUGGUGUAUACUUAGUAUAAAUAGUUGUCAGGGGGUGAUGUUUGGAUUGAGGGCACAAUCUGAGCAAAGGCUUGGAGAGGAGAAUUUUUAAAAGAGUCAACAGCAGUUUCAUAUUUUCAUGCUUAGGGGUUUUUUUUACCCACACAUUAACUGGAGACCAUUGUCAGGUUAUGAGAAUCAAGGCUGGAAGCAUGGACUGAUACUAAAGCUAGUGGCCUCUUAAAUCUGGGGUUAGACAGUUGUGAGCUGCCAUGUGGGUACUGGGAAUUAAACCGGUGUCCUCUGGAAGAGCAGCCAGUGCUCUUAACUGUUGGGCCAUCUCUCCAGCCCCAGCUGGUGGCCUCUUAAUUAAAAGUUCUUUGAGUGCUUUCCUGUGUGGAAUAGGGAAGAGCUAAUACCGCUCACUACUGUGCACCUUGCUUGAGAGCCUAAUCUUUCCAGUGGGCGCUCAGUUUACCAAACUCUGGAUAGAUGAGACUUUAUAAAGAACAAAAUAAGAGUUUUGCUGAAGUCAGUUCCCCCUGUGCCAAUGUCAGUUAGUAUUGAUCUUGCCAGGAUGGUCCUCUUCUGGUGUUGAAAGCAUCCCUAUCAGCUUCUGGAUUUUCAUGCCUGGUCCCUAGAUGAUAGAGGUGAUGGAGAGAGGUGAACUGGGCAGUACGUUGCCGCUUUCAUAAUCUGGUCUAAUAAGGAAGUCUGUUAGGCAUUUUAUUGUGUCGGGUCUUGACGUGUUUUCAAAGAGUCAGGUAUGCCCAAGGCAUCCUGGACCACUAUAAGGGAGUCACCAAAUGUUCAGGCAUGCUGGAUUCAGGAGGGCAGGCCUGGUUCUAUGUUUCCCCCUUAGAGGGAUAGUUUCCACUAUUAGGGGGGCCCCCGACCACUGGAUACAUGAUCCUCCCAGGCUCAGGGCCCCUCCUCCCGGAGCUUGGGUUCAAGCUGCAGACACAUGCCUCGAUCAUUCUCCCAUUUCAAGAGAGAAAGUGGUGGUUCAUGAAAGUGUCGCUAGACAGGCCAAGGAGAGAGGAGCAUUAGAUCUAGGGCCUGUCGAGGGAUUGGUGAUGGCCCGGAGCUUGCUUUUGCUGUUCUAGGGAGAGUGCAGGGAGCCAAGGAGGCCAGCAGACUCUUGCUCACCUGCGAGAACGUGAGGCUGGGGGCGGGGCCAGGGAGCGGUUGGCCAAUGAGGAGGAGACAUUUCGUGGACAGCUGAACUCUCCUGGGAAGGAAAGAGGACCGAGGGUAAAGUUCGAAGCUCCAGAGCUAGGGUGGUUGUCGGCGGGAACCAAAACCUCCCAGGGAGUCAGAGAAACAUGGUCAAGGGACAGGAAGACGCCCGCUUAGCCCGAUCCUCUGGGAGCGGUGGGCCACGCCCUGGCCGCCCCUCCCUCCCCGGGCUCCGCCUGGCUGGCCCACCACCGCCGGCUCCACAGCGCCACCUGCUGGAUAUUGGCUUCUAUAUCCGGCGCACGAGGCACAGGCGAGAGGAGGCAGCUGAGGCUGGGAGCCCAAAGUUGGCUCACCCUGGGACCAGAGACUCCAAAGCCCUAGGCAACUGCCUUUCCGAGUACAGUCAGCAAGCUUGUGACCAUCAGAAAAACUUGUUUGUCCCCGCCCGAGGAGGGGGUGGGGGAGUGACAUUUCUACCUCAGUUCCACCCAGGGAUGAGGAAAUAGUGCUGAUGCAGUCGCUGGAAGGGAGACAGUGGCAGUUGUUUGGGAGUCACCUGUCAGCAAAGCAUAUUCGAAAGCAACUCUGAGCUCCUGGUGAACCCAACGGUAAAUAAACAUGUGGGUAAAGGGAGUAGCUGCCUGAAAUGUUGUGUGAUGGGUCAAAAUCCUGUAGUAGGGGCCGCGGAUGUAGCUCAGUUGGUAGAGUGUUUGUCCAGCAUACAGGAAGCUCUGGGUUCCAUCUUCAGCACCAAAUAAACGGUUUUGGCAACGAAUGUAUGUAAUCUCAGAACGGGGUCACAUAGUCAGGGUGGGCUCCAUGAGACCCCCCCCCCUUCCCCCAAUGACAUCAAAACAAAACAUUGUGGUAGGAUUGGCCUACCUGUCCUCUUCCUGCUGUCAUGCAGAAGGUUGCACAAUUGGAAUCUGGACUCAUUCAUCUUUUCAAUAAACAUUUAUUGAGCA